AUGAUAAGGCAGGUUAAGUAUCGGGCGGUGGCAGCCGACGUCUCUCCCUCCUUCCCCAUAAAACCGAUCUGCGUUAAAUUCUCGCUGUCUUUUGACCACGGUUCAGAAGUUUAUGAAAGAAAAGAGCGCCAGGUUCGGAGUGUGCCAACAAUCAUUGAUGAGGAUGCUGAAGAGCUAAUUGAUCAACAGGAAAUUUUUGAUUAUAUUAGAGAUAUACAGGAUCCAGAACACCCAUAUACACUGGAAGAGCUGAAGGUGGUAACAGAAGAUUCAAUUGAAGUGAAUGAUAAACAAAGUCAUGUUAGUGUUACUUUUACACCAACGGUUGAGCAUUGCAGUUUGGCAACUACUAUUGGACUUUGCCUUCGUGUUAAACUUAUGCGUAAUCUCCCUUCUCGUUACAAGGUGGACAUAAGGGUGGCACCUGGGACUCAUGCAACUGAAGCUGCUGUGAAUAAGCAGUUAAAUGACAAAGAACGGGUAGUAGCAGCUCUGGAGAAUCCUAAUCUAAUGUACAUGAUCGACAGGUGCUUAGAACCAACCUUUUAUUAUUGAUCUUGGUUGGGGCCUCCUCCCAGAAUUAUGGAGACCACUGUUUGUAUGUUUCUCCUGCCUUCUAUCCCAUCACUUUAUCUUACUGCUGUUUUGAAUAUUUCAAGGAUCUCACUUGUAUAAUUGUAUUGAUUUUGUGAACUAUGAUUAUUUUGGAACAUAAAAAUUCCUGUGAUCAAUAAAAGCAAAUAGUUUUGACA